AUGACGGGCCCUAAGAACGCUGGUGGCGUCGAGCCGGCGGCUCAAAAUGCGGGUGGCGCCAGCCUGGGCAAAUCCUCCAUGAUGACAAAGAGCGAGAUAUUUGAGAGUGCGAAAUUGGCAGCUGACAAGGAGCAGCGGAUGACCCUGCUACAGGGGCUGAAGCUCUACCCAAAAGCAGCUGCAUGGAGUGUGCUCAUCUCAACCUGCAUUGUUAUGGAAGGCUAUGAUAUUUGUUUGGUGAACAAUUUCUACGCUUUCCCUCAGUGGAACGAGAAAUAUGGAGUCCGAUACGGGAAUGAAUACCAAGUCCCUGCCAAGUGGCAAGCAGCUCUUAGCAAUGGUGCAGUCGUCGGUGAAAUUAUAGGGCUAUUUAUCAACGGCUGGGCUUCUGAACGCUUUGGUUACCGAUAUACGAUUCUAACCUGUCUGUUGUUCCUUUCCGGGUUGAUUACGGUAUUCUUCACUGCACAAAAUGUGGAGGCCUUGUUGGUAGCUGAGAUCCUUUGUGGUAUUCCAUGGGGCGUUUUCCAGACCCUGUGCAUCACCUACGCUACUGAAGUCUGUCCCGUUGCUCUGCGGAGCUAUCUUACGACUUACAUCAAUUUCUGCUGGGGUCUUGGCCAAUUCAUUGGAAUUGGAGUACUCAAAGCCCUGUUGAGCCGACCUGAUGAAUGGUCAUACCGAAUCCCGUACGCAUUGCAAUGGAUGUGGCCCCUCCCAUUGGCUCUGGCGAUUUUCAUGGCACCAGAAUCUCCGUGGUGGUUGGUGAGAAAGGGCAGGACUGAGGAAGCAAAACGUGCCCUCCUUCGGCUAACGAGUUUGAAUCGGGAAACGGACUUCGAUGCCGACGAGACAAUUGCAAUGAUUGUUCACACCACAGCAUUAGAACAGAAAAUUACCAGCGGUGCCAGCUAUCUCGACUGUUUCAGGGGAGUUGACUUGCGCCGGACGGAAAUUGUUUGUAUGGUUUGGGCGAUCCAGAAUCUUAGCGGAAACUCAUUCUCCAACUAUUCUACAUACUUCCUCGAACAGGCUGGUGUGUCGACUGUACAUUCCUACUCCUUCGCCAUGGGCCAAUACGGAAUCAACAUGAUAGGCGUGUUCGGUGCAUGGGUUCUCAUGUCUCGCGGCAUUGGCCGAAGGACCCUUUACAUGUUCGGUCUGUGCGGUCUCUGUGUCAUGCUUUUGGUAAUGGGAUUCCUUGGCCUUGUUCCCGAGAGCAACCGCAACAGUGGCGCGCUGGCAACCGGAUCCAUGAUGCUGGUCUGGGCUUUGGUCUACCAACUCACUGUCGGCACAGUCUGCUACUCUCUUGUGGGCGAACUUUCGAGCCGGCGUUUGCAGAUCAAGACCGUCGUGCUGGGAAGGAUUUUAUACAACAUAGCGGCUAUCUUCUGCAACGUGUUGACUCCAUACAUGUUGAACCCAAGUGCGUGGAAUUGGUCUAACUAUGCGGGAUUUUUCUGGGGUGGUGUGUGCUUCUGCUGUAUCAUUUACACGUAUUUCCGUGUCCCGGAGCCGCGUGGCCGGUCCUUUGCAGAACUGGAUAUCCUGUUCGAGCGUGGCGUUUCUGCGAGGCGAUUCCCUGAAACUGUAGUGGAUGUUUUCGAAGAGGACGUACAGGCCGAAGUGCUCGCUGGUUAUAGGAGAGCCUCAGUAAGCCACUCUAUAGAACCACAGGACGACGAGAAACCGACACACCACGCUCAGACGGCGUUGUAA